AUGGCAUCGUCGCAGACUCCUCCGCAUUUGGACUCGGAGAGCGUGACGAGUGGGCAGACGUCUAUCUCGCAAAUGCCGAUGCAUCAUUACCCUGAGGACCAGCGCCAACAGCAGAAUGCAACGCCUUAUACGGACCGCUCAGAGGAUGAUCCGCCUCCGAGUUACACCGUAGUCGACAACGAGGGACCCCACGCGAAUCCAUUUGACCUGUUGCCCAGCAGCUCAUCCUCCCUUGGUCUGCAUCCCUUCAAGGGGACGUCCAACGACAAAGUAGUCUACUAUCUCGACAAGCGUCUUGAUACAGACCCUGAAUUCCUCGAGCAGCACAUCUCAGAGCUCGCCAAGGAACCACCAAGACCGUACGUCCGCAUCCAGGGUCUAGACCGCAAGUCCGGCAAGGGUGUCGACUUUGACAUCCACAUUGAACUCACGCCCCUGCUGUAUCAAGAGAUGGCAACCCGUCGUUCGUGGAGACGCAUCCGCGCCGUGAACAAUUUCGACAAGGUGCGCCGCGGGACGGCGAGCAUGACGCGCGCGCCGGGGUUCGGGGGCAGCGGACCGCCUGAGGAGGGCACGCCGGGUGUUGCGCAGUGGUGCUAUAGAGCGGCGCUUGACGGGCUGGGACUUCGCCCUCGUGGGGUCUAG